GAGUCCAUGAUGGCGUGUUGCCUGAGCGAUGAGGUGAAGGAAUCCAAACGGAUCAACGCCGAGAUCGAGAAGCAGCUGCGGCGGGACAAGCGCGACGCCCGGCGUGAGCUCAAGCUGCUGCUGCUUGGCACAGGCGAGAGUGGGAAGAGCACGUUCAUCAAGCAGAUGCGGAUCAUCCAUGGCUCCGGCUACUCGGAGGAGGACAAGCGGGGCUUCACCAAGCUCGUCUACCAGAACAUCUUUACGGCCAUGCAGGCCAUGAUCCGGGCCAUGGAGACCCUGAAGAUCCUGUACAAGUACGAGCAGAACAAGGCCAACGCCCUCCUGAUCCGGGAGGUGGAUGUGGAGAAGGUGACGACAUUCGAGCACCAGUACGUCAACGCCAUCAAGACGCUGUGGAACGACCCCGGGAUCCAGGAGUGCUAUGACCGAAGGCGCGAGUACCAGCUCUCUGACUCUGCCAAGUACUACCUGACCGAUGUGGACCGCAUCGCCACCUUGGGCUACCUGCCUACCCAGCAGGACGUGCUGCGGGUCCGUGUGCCCACCACCGGCAUCAUCGAGUACCCCUUUGACCUGGAGAACAUUAUCUUCAGGAUGGUGGACGUCGGCGGGCAGCGGUCGGAGCGGCGGAAAUGGAUCCACUGCUUCGAGAACGUGACGUCCAUCAUGUUCCUCGUGGCCCUGAGCGAGUACGACCAGGUUCUGGUGGAGUCUGAUAACGAGAACCGCAUGGAGGAGAGCAAAGCCCUCUUCCGGACCAUUAUCACCUACCCCUGGUUCCAGAACUCCUCCGUGAUCCUCUUCCUCAACAAGAAGGACUUGCUGGAGGACAAGAUCCUCCACUCGCACCUCGUCGACUACUUCCCGGGGUUCGACGGGCCCCAGCGGGACGCCCAGGCUGCUCGGGAGUUCAUCCUCAAGAUGUUCGUGGACCUGAACCCCGACAGCGACAAGAUCAUCUACUCGCACUUCACCUGCGCCACCGACACGGAGAACAUCCGCUUCGUGUUCGCGGCCGUCAAGGACACCAUCCUGCAGCUCAACCUCAAGGAGUACAACCUGGUCUGAUGCCCCGGCGCUCGGGGGCCUCGAGCCGGGGCCAGCUCGCCGGCGCGGAGCCGCGUCCCGAGGCCGCGGAGGAGCCCGUUCCGUAUUUUUCCUUCGUAUUUUUAACCGAUGGUUUUUAUUUCAUAGCUAUCAGGGGACGGACAUCUUUCUUUCUACACACUACACACUUCCGCACCUCCUCACCCGCGUCGGCCGGGCGGCCUCUUCCUGGCCUUGACCGUGAAGCUCCGUUUUUUGUUUUGUUUUUUUAAAAAAAAAAACGAAACCCAAGAACU